AAAAGUGAAAUUAUGUGAUAUUUGUACAUACUAAUUUAAACACAGCUAUCAUAGAUCAUGUGUGUAAUAUUUAAAAGCCAGGUUUUUGUAUUUGCGGGGAGGUAGUGGUUGUCCAUUAACCCUUUUGGGGGAAAAAUGAAUUGUCCCGGCCAACGGAUUAUCUUGGUCAGCGCUCAUUCGACCGGCGAAACCAGGCGAAGACUUUCCUCAGAGUCCCCACAGCGCGGCCCCGCAGGCUUAUGGGAAACGUAGUCCCGAAGCUCCACGGACCACCCCUCGGAGGACCCUGCAACCAGUCCCCGCUUCUGCGCAUGUGCAAUACUGCGAGCGCGCCGGUGGCCUCCCUUCCCCCACCCCUGCCGCGAGUGGGUGACGGGGCCUGUGUCCGUGCGUCUUCACUGCCCAGUGCCGUGACCGGCCUGGCGCUGAGCCACGAGUGGAGGCUGUGCCCGUCCAGUUCUGCCUUUAUCCAAAAACUGCAGAAAAUGAACAAAUCCGAGGAAUCGGUUUCAUUCACGGAUGUGACCGUGGACUUCACGCAGGAGGAAUGGGAGCAGCUGGACCCCUCUCAGAGGAUUCUAUACAUGGAUGUGAUGUUGGAGAAUUAUAGCAACUUACUCUCUGUGGAGGUGUGGAAGGCUGAUGAGCAGGUGGAGAGGGGCCACAGCCACCCAGACGAGCAGGCGAGACCAUUUAUAAUUUUUAAGAACCAAACCCCAAUUGAGGAAAGAGGUAAUCUCUUUGGAAAAACAUUUAAUCUGAGCACAGACUUUAUUUCCUUAAGACAAGUACCCUAUAAAUAUGACUUAUAUGAAAAAACUUUGAAAUCUAAUUCAGACCUAUUUAAUAGUAGUAGAAGCUAUAUGAGAAAGAGAGCUGAUGAGUGUAAUGGAUUUGGAAAAGCACUCCUCUAUCUGAAGCAAGAGAAAACCCACCCUGGGGUAGAAUACUCUGAAUACACCAAAAGUGGAAAAGCCUUUAGCCAUAAAGAAGCCAUUUUUAAACGUCAGAAAAUUAGAAAUUUGGUACAACCAUUUAUUUGUAAUUACUGUGACAAGGCUUUCUCCUUUAAGUCACUGCUCAUUAGUCACAAGAGAAUCCAUACUGGAGAGAAACCUUAUGAGUGUAACGUGUGUAAGAAAACCUUCUCCCAUAAGGCCAACCUCAUUAAACAUCAGAGAAUUCAUACUGGCGAGAAGCCCUUUGAAUGUCUUGAAUGUGGAAAAGCCUUCACCCACCAGUCGAACCUCAUUGUCCACCAGAGGGCGCAUAUGGAGAAGAAGCCCUAUGAGUGCGGUGAAUGUGGCAAGACGUUUGCCCAGAAGUUUGAGCUCACUACACACCAGAGAAUUCACACAGGAGAACGGCCCUACGAGUGCAGUGAGUGUGCAAAAACCUUCUUCAAGAAGUCAAACCUCAUUAUACACCAGAAAAUUCACACAGGGGAGAAACGCUAUGAGUGCAGCGAAUGUGGAAAAUCCUUUAUCCAAAACUCACAACUCAUUAUACACAUGAGAACUCAUACGGGAGAGAAACCCUAUGAAUGUACUGAAUGUGGCAAAACAUUCAGCCAGAGGUCAACUCUUCGAUUACAUUUGCGAAUCCAUACAGGAGAAAAACCAUAUGAGUGUUCCGAAUGUGGGAAGGCCUUCAGCAGGAAGUCCCGACUCAGUGUCCACCAGAGAGUUCAUGCGGGGGCUAAACCCUGAGACCGCAGCCAGGCUGUGCGGUGGAAACCCUUCCACCAGACCCCUUCUGGCGGCUGAGAAGCAGUGAAGGUACCGGAGGACACACAAGCUAUCCACUCAAAAAUGUGUACAAAUAGGGCCUCCUAAGAAGAGUAGUGUAUUCAAAGUUAGGGUACGGGACUGAAGGAUUCACAUCAGAGUAUACCAAUUGUAAAGAGACAAACUAAGCUGCAUCACAAUGAACUUUUUAAAAUCUCGAAUGAAAUAUUUUGGGCAGCAGCAUAAAGGAUCUACAGACAUACCCUAAGAAUUCAGUGGGUAUGUGUGAGAUCGUGGCACAAAAUACAAAUUGUGCAUUUUAGAUCAGCACAUGUAAAUUUAACAUAGUCACUGGGAGUUUGAGAUUCUUGUCCUCUGAUUAUUAGGACACAAGAUUUUCCAUACUAAACACCCCGUGUUCUCAGUACCCUUACGACCCAGUAUGCCUUGCAGAUGAAACGUGCAGUGGGUUGUCGGCAGCUUGCAGCUUGUUCUCCUACCACUUGCUGGUAUUGUUAAGUCGGUCUGACCAUUGUUAUUGGGCUGCCUCAUCAGUAAAUAGAAGGCAGUGUUGGCCUUUCAAUCUGCUUCUGGGUUUGCUAGAUUUCCUAGAAGCGUUAUUUACAUGACUGUGCGAGCGAGGUAACUGGAGGAGGUGGAAGGAGCGGAAGGAGGCAGGUGGGGUUCCGCCCCUCGUGUGCGCCGCCAGACGAGCGUGGGCUCAAGGAGAACCCCCCGUCCGUCGUGCGCUCACUGUUUUCCAGUGGGGUGUUUACAUACAAGUGCAUGUCAUUCGCCAAAAUAUUGUUUAACCCAGAAACUUCCUUGUAUUUUCGUGUGUUUCCCUGUUUCUCUUAACAUUUUUAUAAAGUGUCUUGCAAAAAAGUAGGAUGUGUAGAUAGUCCACAAAUGUUACAUUUCAGAGACCUUAGAGGAAAAAAUAAUUUAUUCUAAGAAACUGUCAAUAAAUGUCUUUUUUUGCUUUUUAAAAUUUGGAUAUGUUUAGUCCACUUUAUAAAUAAAUUUCUGCAGUAUUCGGUCUAAAGGAGGCACAUUCUACUUCCUUGAGGUUCACUGUCAACCAAAGCAUUUCCCUUUGGAAACUGACUUAGUGUAAGUCAUGCGUUAGAAUUGUAAAUGGCAACUGUAACUGGCUUUUUUUAUGUUACUUUUGAAGAUCAUUGAUGUGCUGUGGCUAUAUAUGAAUGUGAGUGACUUUCUGAACAAAUUUACCAGAUCUUCCAUAGUCCAGUAAGUCUUUGUUUUUCUAAAUUGUCAUCUACUAGCGGCAAGGAAGCAGAAGAAAAGGUUAAUUUCAUACAUAGCUGUUAGAAAUGUAAAUUGUGACAGCCUCCUUGGAAAUCAUUGUGACUCUGUCUUUUAACAUUAAGAAUAUAUUAUACUCUUUAAUAUCAAUCCUUAAGAAGAAAAGUACCAGUACUUAAGAUUAUAUGUUUAUCAGUGUAUAUUGUAUAUUUUGAUAAGGACAAAAAGAGGAAAUAAUGUGACUAUCAGUAAGGGAGUGAUUGAGUAAACUGGUAUAAAAAUAUAUCAUGGCUGGAUGGUUUUCUAUGAAAAAUGUGUAGUGGGAGCAAAUGCCUCCAGGUCAGAUAAGGAAAGCAAGGAAAAAGAGUAUGUGUUUGUACACCAAGUUUUGUAAAAUAAAGAUCUAAGAAUCUUAUGUGUGUAUAUUUGCAUAUAAUUUUAUGGGCCUAGAGAAUAGAAUUUUCCUACUUCAAAAAUACAAUCAUUAAUUCCAUUGGAAAGUUUUUCAUGCGUUCUUUAGUCCCUAAAUGAACACUCAUUUAUACUAAAACUGUAACCCAUUAAAGUGGGCCCUGUUAGUUAAUUAACAUUAGCAUAGCAUAAAGCAGGCUCAAGCUGCACAGCGGCUGGCCUCUGGCUCUAGCUAUCACAGCUGCCUCGUGGGCUCGACUUGAACUUGGACUCUGAACGAAAACACGUAUUUGACAUUCAUUGAUCCUACAAUGGAAACGAAUCCAAAAACAGAUGAUAGUAAAGGCAGAAAAACCUGUGGAAAACUUUCAGGGAAUGCCAGCGAUACUACUAUAAAUGAGCAAAUCACAGAUGCUCUGAGAAAACACCUGCCUACCUGAGCAGCUGCAGAGGUGACCAUGGGAGUGACUGUCUUUUCAUGAGCUCCUUACUCCCAACACUUUAAAAAUCCAGGUCAGAACUAAAAAAAAAGUGCUUUGUGGUCCUCAUAAACCAAAGCGUUUGUAGAUGGAACUCCUAAAGACAGGUCCUUACAGCCUGGGCGAGGCCACAGCCCAGAGGUGCAGGGUGCAGGACAAAACCCAGCUGGUCGGGGUGUUCCCAGGUGUGGGCCUCUCACUCCAGAGCCCAUGCCCGCCCACUGCCCUGGUCCCGUGACUGUCUUUAUUCCACUGAUAUUUUAAUUUUGGAGAUUUUCUUCACAUUUCCAUAGAUAACCAUUUUUGUAACUAAAAUGUUUACAUAUUUUAACCUUUUCACAUUGUUUUAUGUAUAAAUCUGAAGUUGGGGACCAUCUUGGUAUAUAGCUGACUUGGAUAAUCUGUUUGGUGUCACUCUACUGUUGGUAAGUCUAAGGACUAGUUGAAUGGGGAUGAGAUGGUAGUGAUGUAGGGCAGGGACCUGAGACAAGCAUCAUGAUUAAUUUUUCAAACAGGCUGAGAUACAAACAGUGUAAGAACAGGAGAGAGUCUAUGUUAAGGCUGAAAUUGUAUUUUAAAAGUCAGGAAGUUAGGAAGUAAGCUUCAUAACAUAUUCUUUAGCAAACAGACAGUAACUCAGCCCACCUUGGGAGCAGGGCAGGAGGUCUCAGGCCUCUUAACUGGUAUUUUCCCAGAGGGAAGCUGCUAUCCUGGGGAGGAACUGGGUCAAUAAAUUUCUUGUGUUACGUUUAUUUUGCAGAACUAGCUGGAGGACUAAUAAUAGAGGAGAGCAGAUGUGGUGUCUUUCACCAGAGAUAAGCAACUUGAGACCACUUAACAAGUCCACACCCCUGGCCCUUUGUCACAUUCUUGAAAAAUGCUUAAAAGAGGGACUCCCCCCCAAUCUUUCAGCGCACCUCCUCACUGAGGACCCACACUUUCCUUUCUUUAAAUGUGUAACUUUAAAUAAAGCUGUCUCACUGCUCAA